GGCGCGGGUUUGCGCGGGCCGCCAGGGGGCGCUGCGAGUUGUGUGGGGGGGCUCUGAGGGACCCGUGAGGGGCUUUGAGGGGUUUUGAGUGGUCGUGAGGGGCUUUGAUGGCCUGUGAGGAGCUUUGAGGGGUUUGAAAAUCCAGACGGGCUUUGAGGGGUCGUGAGGUGCCCUCAGGAGUCGUGAGAGGCUUUGAGGAGGGGUCGUGAGGGACCCUCAGGGGGUCUCGGCGGCCGCCGCGAUGGUGGAGAAGGACGAGUCGAGCCCUGGCGGCAUCAGCGAGGAGGAGGCGGCUCAGUACGACCGGCAGAUCCGGCUCUGGGGGCUCGAGGCCCAGAAAAGGUUGCGAACGUCGCGGGUGCUGCUGGUGGGGCUGCGUGGGCUGGGGGCUGAGGUGGCCAAAAAUCUCAUCCUGGCUGGGGUCAGGGGGCUGACCCUGCUGGACCAUCAACAGGUGUCCCCCGAGGACGGGCGCGCUCAGUUCCUGAUCCCCUCGGGCUCCGUGGGUCGGAACCGCGCCGAGGCGUCGCUGGAACGCGCUCAGAGCCUGAACCCCAUGGUGGAGGUGAAAGCCGAUCCUGAGAGCGUGGAGAGCAAACCCCACGAGUUCUUCAGGCAGUUUGAUGCGGUGUGCCUGACGUGCUGCUCCAGGGAAUCCAUGGUGAGGAUCAACCAGAUCUGCCACAAAAAUGGAAUUAAAUUCUUCACCGGCGACGUUUUCGGCUACCACGGCUACAUGUUCGCUGACCUGGGGGAGCACGAGUUUGUGGAGGAGAAGCCCAAGGUGCCCAAGGGGAGCUCGGGGUUGGAGGACGGACCCGAAGCCAAACGGGCGCGGCUGGAACCGACCGAGACCACCAUGGUCAAAAAGAAGCUGCAGUUCUGCCGCCUGCGCGAGGCCCUGGCCGUGGACUGGCGCGGGGAGGCGGCGACGGCGGCGCUGCGCAAAACGGCUCCGGAUUAUUUCCUGCUCCAGGUGCUGCUGCGGUUCAGGAGUGUCACCGGGCGGGACCCGAGUCCCCUCCGUGUCCCCCAGGACUCCGAGGUUUUGCUGCGCCUGCGCCGGGAGGUGCUCGAGGCUCUGGGGGUCGGGGCUCAGCUGCUGCCGGAGCAGUUCCACAGCUUCUGUUUCUCCGAGAUGGCCCCGGUGUGCGCCGUGGUCGGGGGGGUGCUGGGCCAGGAGCUGGUCAAGGCUCUGUCACAGAGGGACCCCCCCCACAAGAAUUUCUUCUUCUUCGACGGCGUCCGGGGCCAGGGCAUGGUGGAGUGCCUGGGACCCCCCCUCUGAGAGCCCAGAAUUUGGGGAGGGGGAUGGAGGGUCCUGGGACCCCCCCUCUGAGAGCCCAGAAUUUG